AGCUACGUCAGCUGGGGGCUGGGCCGGGCGGGAAGAGGCUGCAGCUGUUGGUGUCUCCAUGUGACUGAGAUCUGCCCCCCACCACGAUGUCAGCCCAGGUGAAGGAUAAAGAGGCUUUCCAGAGGCUCAGCUUCCUCUACCAGGCGGCUCACUGCGUCCUCGCCCAGAACCCCGAGAACCAGGCCCUGGCGCGAUUCUACUGCCAUGCACAGCGCAGCAUCAGCCGCAGGCUCGUUCUGAGACAGGACCCAUCGGUGAAGAGAACCAUCUGCAAAUCCUGCUCCUCCCUCCUGGUCCCUGGCAUCAGCUCCACGGUGCGCCAGAGAAGGCACCGCGGCCGGCGUUGGUCAGUCAUACGGUGUCUCUGCUGUGGCCAGACCAAGCGCUUCCCAAGCAACCCAGGGUAUAAGCUGUGGGCGGAGCAGCCUGAGGCUCUGCUGGAGAACCAGCCCCAAGCCGACCAGAAACCUGCAGCCCCCCAGGAUUCCCCGAAGGAGCCCUCAGCACAGAAGGCCAAAACCCGCAGUGUGGCCUCUGGUCUCGAGAGCCGCCCCACUCCACAGGGGACUGCAGAGGCCGGGACCCGGGUGGGGAAAGGUGGCCCAAGCAGGAGGUAACCCCCGGGGAUGGCCGUGAGCAGGGGCCAGUGGCUUGGGGCCUGAUCCCAGCCGGGGGCUGGUAAGGACAGGCCUGGAGCAGGUUUUAGGAGAAUCCAUUUGUGAGAGAGAUGCCAAGACUGAUUUGAAAAGGGGGAGGAAGAGAAAUGACUCCCUUGAAACUAUCCACUCCUGGGGCACUGGCUGGCUCAGGGGAUGGGCAAUGGGGUACGGGACCUUUCCCCUCUGUGGGGCACCAGCUCCCAUCUCGCCCCAGGAUGGGGGACUGGCUGGCUCAGGGGGUGGGGAAUGAGACAUGGGGCCUUUCCCCUCUAGGGGGCGCUGGCUCCAAUCCUGCCCCAGGAUGGGGGACUGGCUGGCUCAGGGGGUGGGGAAUGAGACAUGGGGCCUUUCCCGUCUAGUGGGCGUCAGUUCUGAUUCGGUGGGGGUUUUUUGGGGACCUUGUCUAUUUAUAAACAUAAAAACAAAUUGCAUCUC